GGAAAUUCGAAAACCUACUCGAUCAGGAAAUUUGGUCGGCUUCAUGGUGCCCUGAGAACGAAUUGUGUCGAAGGGAGCUGCGAGAUGUUGCAGGUGAAUCAUGCGGGAAGAGGCACACGGGGAAGGGGGAAACGGCUGGGAAGUCUGCAGGUCGGACUCUUCUGGGCGGUUUGAUUUGCUUGCGGGCGUGCGCGCCGAGCCGAGCGAAACGACACCUUGCAUGCUUUGAUUGUGUUGCUUGAGGGACGAUUGAGAGGGGUUGGUUGGAUGAUAACGACGGGAAUCGAUGUCUACACGCGGAAGAAGGAGAGGUCUGGACCUUGACGUCGAUGUCAAUGGCGACACAUGUCAUUCCCUUGCGUUUCAUUGCAGUCAUUGCAAAGGUUGCACGGCGCACGUUGGGCAAAGAGAGGUAACACCUUCAGGCAGAGACACAGCAAACGGACCAUCAAACGGGCAGACGGCAUGUAAGGGAGGUACCGUUUCGCCUGGAUGCCUCGUUGCCUGCUCGUGUGUUUGCCCGUUUGCCUUUUUGCCUUCUUUGCCUACUUGCCUGCUCUUCACGUACUUGCUCGUUUGCCUUGUCUGCCUCUUGCUUUUCGGCAUCCCUUGCAGAUCAACGUUGAGUUGUCGUUCUGCCUCACCGCAAUUCUUGAACGACGGAACACAACAUGGGUCUCGACGCAUCUUCCCCAAAAGAGUCUCAAAAGAGCCUUGGCAUUUGGUCCUUCAUGCACGCAGUUUUCGAUGGAAACUCGAAAAUGUACUCAAUCAGGAAGGUUGAACACUUUGAUCACUUGAACAGUGAGUGUUGUGGGACGCUGUGUAGACGAAUUGAGAUACGAGAACCCGACAUACGUCUUGGCGUUUUGGUCCUUCAAUUUUGACUGUUUUCGACGGAAAACUCGAAACCUUACUCAACCAGGAAAGUUGAUCACUGGAUCACUUGGAGAGCGAGUGUUGUGGGACGUUGUAGACGAAUU